AUGACUAGCUCACUGUCGCUGGAAGAUCUUUACCGUGCGGGUAAAGUAGAUGAGCUACGUGAGAUCCUGAGAGAUUCCAGUGGACCGUCCGAAGAGGAUCUUAAUGAGACAGUAAUACUGGCUUUCUCCAGUGAUCAAUCCGCCUUGGCGGUUAUGUUGAUGAGCCAUGGAGCUGUGUUGACACGGUGGUCUUUUUUGGAAGCCUGCGCCAGCAAGAAUGUUGCAAACUUUCAAGUCCUCCUACAGCAUGGCUUGGAUAUCAACUUUAGAGACUUCGGAGAGCUUGUUUUAUGGUAUGUCAUGCAGCUUGAGUUCGCCGAGACUUAA